AUGGACCUUGUUUCAGCAUCAGAAAAGGGCCGCGGCACAUUAGACGUAUUACUGUGCACUACCUACUGUCGCUCACAAUUAUACCUGUCUCGCCAGCUCUCUCAACUCCACCCUGAACUCACCAUGCCUAUGUUUUCUGAAAUAACAGCGCGGUUCCAGACGGCUCGCACGGAGGUUCGGCAGUUGUUGCUACAGUAUUUACUGCCAUGGCUCGUUAAUAUUGAACUUUUGGACCCGAACGUACCGCCUCCGAAUCCUCUCUCAUAUAUUCAGUACUAUGGCGCAGAGGGUGGACGCAGUGGAAGGAGGGAAGGCCUGGGGUCCGUGGAAGCGACUGAAAUGGUUCUAAACAACCUAUUCUACAUUACUGUUAAGUUCUCGGAUCAACACCCGAAGGAGAUAGAGGAACUGUGGUCAACUCUAUGUGCUUGUUGGCCGAACAACCUGAAAGUCAUAAUUCGAUACCUCAUUAUCGUGUCUGGCAUGGCGCCCAACGAACUUCUGCCCUAUGCGAAACGUGUGGUCUUGUACCUGGCGCGGUCACGUCCCGAGCGCCUCUUGGAUGAAAUGAUGACUGAACUGCAGACAGUCGAGACCCUCAACUGUCUGAUAGAGAGAACAGAGACUCCCCCCUUCUACCGUCUCACCUCUAUGAGAAAGGCCACUUCGGGACACAGCGAUGGACCAGGUGCCGGAUCACAGGAUGCCACCGGGCGUACUUGCGACUUGGCACCAGUCGAAAAAGGCACGAUACACACCAAACGACACAGCGGAGAGGACCCUGCCAAGGCUGCAAGCGUGAAGUCAGAAACACCUGGUCGUAGUCAGGACAAACGUGCUUCGGCCCCGCCUUGUAUCACUCCACCGGCUGAUGAAGAUCCGUGUCCACCUUCUGAAGGAGAUGCAACUCCGACGGGAAUUUGCCCCGAGGGUAUAUGCGCCAGUUUGCCAUCGACCCCACAGGAUGCUCGCAUGGACGUAUCCCAACCUCGUCCGUUACCCAUGCCUGAAUACGGAGGUUUCUUCGCUCUACUCACCGAGUAUCUUCCAGAUACUAAUCAACCGGUGUCAGGCUUUCAUAGGUGCAACGUAGCCGUUAUGUUGCUCUGUGAUGUGGUACUGGACGGCGUCGAACUGGAUUGGUCAAUUCACGUACCUCUUAUGCUGCAUAUCGUCUUCUUGGGCAUGGAUCAUACCAGAUGGCUGGUGCACCAACAUUGCCGUCAGUUGCUGUUGAAUCUUUUGGUAGCUGUUGCUGCCCACCACGACCACUUAACGGUUGCACGGGUGUUGCUAGCAGCAAGAUCGGCACACCUUGGACUUCCUCUACCGCCGCCGGCAUUGCCACUUACCACACACAACUUUACUGAGCCUGACGCGAUGUUCGAUGGACACGCCCAAUGCACACAUUCACCGCGAACGAACGCACGCUGCCCCCCGUCAGACCCACAGGUCACACCCGAAGCUGAAGGCGAAAACUACCCAUCCCUCCCUGUGAUAGUGACGAACGAAACCGAGGCUCCUCCUCCAGGUGGAGGUGGAGAGGGAGAGGGGGAGGGGCAGGAGAUUACAGAAUUGCCUGUCGCUGACGUCAUCAAGAGCUUAGUGCAUUUCCUAGCGAGCAGACCAACACAUAUGCCGCUGUGGCAGUAUGAAGAUAUCACAGCGAAAGUUUGGUCUCUCCGCAGCUGCCAACAGAUGGCGACUUUACUGAAUCAUGUGUUACGAAUAUUCCGGGAAUCACUACCACACGCCCUGAUCUCCGAGCGUUGGGCGCAAACAGCAUUGCAGCUGGGCCUCUCGUGUCCGUCCCGACAUUACGCUGGAAGGUCGCUUCAGGUGUUCCGAUUCAUUGGUGUAGCAAUGACGGGUCGUAUGGUCUCAGACAUUUUAUCCCGAUUAGUGGAGACAGUGGCUGAACAGGGAGAAGACAUGCAGGGCUAUGUAACAGAACUUCUGCUCACCCUCGAGGCGGCUGUUGACUCCCUGGAAUCGAACUUCCGGCCCCUGGAUUACAUGCGAGACAUUUUUAAGAGCACACCAAAUUUAAACAACAAGGAGGUGCCGCAACCAAACGGAAAUAUGUAUAAUGCUGGCAAACGAUCUCCGGGCGUGUGCGUGGGCUGUGUGAAUAAUCACACACGCAGCACGAGUUACUCUGUGUCGUACUGCGUGCGUAAAGCGAACGCGGCUACGACACACUCGACACACUCGACACACUCGACACACUCUACUCACUCGCCAAACUCGCCGCAUUCCGACAAACAGUCGCAUGAGAGUCGAACGCGUCCGUGUAGUGAGGCCGUAAAGGGUGCAUGUUCGAAUCUUUGUCGCUCACGGUCGGCACAAUCGCUUAAACUUCUCGGUGACUCUGCUACACAGGAUGACAAGCUGACGAUCCUCGCAACGGUAUUCUGGGUGGGAGCGUCAGUUCUCGAGUCAGAUUACGAACACGAGUUUUUACUCGGCGUGCGACUUCUCGCUCGUGUCAUGGCGAGGUUACCCCUCGACCGGCCUGACGCCAGAGAUCGCCUCGACAGGACACAAGUCCAUGCUCCACAUUCGACUACUUCACUUCAUUCGUUGCUGCUGAAGGGGUGCACGCAUCCGAACACGUACGAGCCCGUAGUCGGCGUACUAGUGGACAUGAUUCCACUAUUGGAGUUACCAGUCAUUGAUCCCACCCAGUCUCUGGCAUUCCCUAUGACGGUGGUGGCAUUGCUGCCUUACAUGUUGUUGCAUUACGAGGACGCCAACGAACUCUGCGUAAGAGCCGCGUGCCACAUCGCACAGUUUACGGCAGAGAAAAGCAAGAAACUAGAGAAUCUCGGAACUGUGAUGACGUUGUAUUCGCGUCGGACCUUCAGCAAGGAAAGCUUCCAAUGGACCAAGUGCGUCGUGAAGUAUCUGUGGGAUACGUAUUCGCACAUGUCGCUGCAAAUGCUUGCCUUUCUCGUCGAGGUUCUUGAGAAGGGUGCCAUAAACCUCCAACUGCCAGUGCUGUCCAUCCUGCACUGUAUGCUUUACUACGUUGAGCUAAACACUGCGGCCGCGCAGCCUGUUAAUGCUGAUCUUCUCCGAGCCGUCGCCAAGUUUAUAGAUCAAGAAGGAAACAACUACAAGGAGGCGAUGAAGAUUCUCAAACUGGUGGUGACACGAUGCUCAACUCUCGUCGUCCCACCCCAUUGGGAACACGCACUUGACCCACUCAUUCAUAAAAAGGAACUACCCGGUCGUACGAUGGAUUUCACGUUCGAUUUGUCCCAAACACCAGUGAUCGGUCGUAAAUAUCUCCCCAAAGGGGGCAGUCAGCCCCCCACGGGGCCUAAUUCGCUUUCGAAUGCCUCAUCGAUCACACCUGAUAAAGGGUCGGGAUCGUCAACGGGUUCUGCUUCCACUGUGGUGGGGGUAGAAGGGAGUAACGCAGCGAGUGCCUUGCCACACUACGCCGCGUCACCGCGACGGUCGCUCUCUUUGUCGCCCGCAGACGCAAUGGCGAGUGGCUGGCGAAGACCUUGGAUGUCCCAGAGUCGUGUCCGUGAAUGUCUGGUGAACCUGCUGACGACGUGCGGUCAGCGUGUUGGCUUGCCGAAGAGUCCAUCAGUGAUCUUUAGUCAAAGCUCUGAGCUUCUGGAGCGAGAGUCAUCAAUGGCGUCUUCAUUGGAGGAAGUGUCUGGAACGCCUGGAAACGACCCCUCUGGUGGAGCACCACCAGACCAUUUCGGAGUAUUUAAGGACUUUGACUUCUUGGAGUAUGAGAGCGAGAGUAUCGAGGGUGAAAGCUCCGACAAUUUUAACUGGGGCGUACGUCGACGCCUCCCGAGUGAGGAGCGCGAAGAACGAGAUGAUGGGAUGAUGCGGGAACGACCCAUGCUCGCUCCGGACUUCCCCGAUAGGCAUCACCACACCGCGGUUGGACACGAAGAUUCGUCUGAUGAAGAAGGCGCUUGGGAGGAGAGCGGCGGCCGUGGAGAGGGCGACGGGGCUCAUGACUUAAUGCUUCGCCCGAGGGCGUUGUCGCUUUCCAGCGCUUCAAGCGGCGAGGCUCUUCAGGAUGGUGAGCGCGGCGACCUCACCCCAGUUGCUGGAGCUAUGCGUGACGCGUGGCGUUGUUCCAUAGCUGUCCUGCUGCGACACGCGAGUCAACUGCCACCCAUGACUCUGGUUCACAGGCUUCAUACAGUACUCAAGGAAGUGACAGCAAAAACUAUAUCGGUGUGCGGCGAAGGCGCGCUGGCCGGUUGUGUGGGAUUGACAGGAGGAGUAGGGCUGGGGGGUGGGGAGUUGAGUGCUGUUUUAGAGCGCUUGGGGACUGAGGAACCGCCCUUGGUCUGGUGCGCACCUCCCGUUGCCGAAUGCGCAAGAGUCAGGGACGCGGUGCGGUACGCUGCCUUGGAGAUUAAUGAGCAUUUGGAGACCUACUUCGAUAGACUUGAGACUUUGGAAGUGUCACGAAGCGCAGAAGAAACUGGUCGCUGUCUUUACAAGCUGAUAUUCCAGCUUCUGCUGCUACUCGAGACCAACAAUAAGAUGGUCGUAGCGGUGUACCACGCGGCCCUCGAUAACCGGGGCGUAGAGAUGAGUGCGGCAGUGAGCAGUGUUCGGGCAGCUCUGGUGUCGCACGUCGCUGACUCCUGGGAGAGUUCUCCUUCUCCUUCGCCCCAUGAUGAUGCCCGACUUUUGCAACUCAUACAGCGGCAAAGAUGGGGUGCAGCACUAUCCUUGGUGCGUGAACGGAACGCGGAGCGGAUCUUAGAGCUUGGUGAAUUGCCUGAAGAUGAAGUAACUAGCCUUUUGCAUGUCUACUGCAAGGGGCUUUGGCAGGCGCAUCCAGACAUGGUGGCGAUCACGCGCCCCGUCAAAGAACUAUCUCAAAACCUAUCCUUCAUGAUGGAGAGCCUCUACAAGGUGUCUGUAGCUCUCCAAAGGCAAGAGUUCGUGUGA